AUGAUAUCUCCAAGCACGCCCAGUCCACCAGACAGUACGCUCUCGGCUAUGGGGCUACUCUGGUUCUGCGCCAACCUCCGCACACUAAUCGAACUUGCACUCGGCGCAAAGCUCCGAUUCCGUUCAACCAUGAGCUUCCCACGGCAUACCGUUGCCCUCGACACCUGCGGACAGUCCCCGGACCAAUGCUGCACCGGGAGUUUCACGUGUCCCCCAAACCUCUCCAUGUCCUCUUCUGUCUCAUAUGGCGUAUCCUUAAUGCCCAGCGAUAUCAAGUCUAUGAUAGCCACCGGUGGCACGCGGUAA